AAUCAACACGUUUACUAUUUCUCGAAUUUGAUCGCCGCGCGCCUCCAUGCGCAAGUGCGAAGUUCCUCUCCCACCAACGUCCACCAUCCCCCGACCAAAACCGUUUUGUUGAAAUCCGCGUUCUGUUUUGACUCGAGCCCCAGCACGAAAAAGCCCCCAUAUUUUCAUAAUCUACAUCGCACAUAAAAAUGGCCGCGGUAUAUAUAUAAACCCCCCAAACCCAUAAAUCUGUUUAACCCAAGCUGGUGGGUUUUGUGGGACAUUUCUUGGGGUUUUUGUAUAGAUUCUUCAUCUACGUAUAUCAGUGUUGUACAGAUUUAAAGCGUAUUGUAUCUGCUGCGUGGAGUUGUGAUGGUAGAAUCUAAGGCUGUUGUAGAUAAUCAGAAACCAGGGAAGAAAUUGAAAGACGUGAAAAGUGGGAAGAUGAAAUGGGCGGGAAUAGGGGCAAUGGUGGUUUUGGUGGUGGCCAUAGCAAUAACAUCCAAGCACGCCCAUGAUCAUAAAUCUUGUCAAUGUCCUCAGGAUUCUCGAAAGUAUACAGGCAUUGUUGAGGACUGCUGUUGUGAUUAUGAGACGGUUGACAGUCUUAACGGUGGAGUAUUACACCCUUUACUUCAAGAACUUGUUAGAACUCCAUUUUUCCGGUACUUUAAGGUUAAAUUAUGGUGUGACUGCCCUUUUUGGCCUGAUGAUGGCAUGUGCAAGUUGCGUGACUGUAGUGUAUGUGAAUGUCCAGAAAAUGAAUUUCCUGAACCCUUUAAGAAUCCAAGUCUUCGGUCCGAUGAUUUAAAAUGCCAAGAGGGAAAGCCACAGGCUGCCGUUGAUCGCACACUAGAUGCAAAGGCCUUCAGGGGAUGGAUAGAAGUGGACAACCCAUGGACCCAUGACGAUGAGACUGAUAACAGUGAGAUGACAUAUGUUAAUCUGCAACUGAAUCCUGAACGAUACACUGGCUAUACUGGGCCAUCAGCCAGAAGGAUAUGGGAUGCUAUAUAUGCUGAAAAUUGUCCAAAAUAUACAUCUGGAGAGAUUUGCCAGGAGAAAAGAGUACUUUACAAGUUAAUUUCAGGCCUUCACUCCUCAAUUUCAAUUCACAUAGCCUCUGAAUACCUGCUUGACGAAGCUAAAAAUCUGUGGGGUAGAAAUCUGGAGUUGAUGUAUGAUCGUGUUCUGAGGUACCCAGAUCGUGUGAGAAACUUGUACUUCACUUUCAUGUUUGUGCUUCGAGCUGUGACUAAAGCUGCGAAUUACUUGGAGCAGGCUGAAUACAAAACGGGCAACCUUGAGCAGGACCUCAAAGCACAGUCUUUAAUGCGACAGCUGCUUUACAACCCAAAUCUGCAGGCUGCAUGCCCACUUCCGUUUAAUGAAGCUAAAUUGUGGCAAGGACAAAGUGGGCCCGAACUGAAACAGGAAAUUCAGAAGAACUUCAGAAACAUCAGUGCUCUGAUGGAUUGUGUCGGAUGCGAGAAAUGUCGUCUUUGGGGAAAACUUCAGGUCCUUGGCCUCGGAACUGCAUUGAAGAUUCUGUUCUCUGUUGAUGGUAAAAACCAUCCCAAUCAACCCCUGCAAUUGCAAAGAAAUGAAGUGAUAGCUUUGCUGAACCUGCUCAAUCGACUAUCAGAAUCCAUCAACCUUGUCCAUGAAAUCGGCCCUUCAAUCGACAAGAGUAUGGAGUUCACUUCAGAAUCCCCAGUGCAAGAAACUAGUUUAUGGCAAAGAGCAGGGGAAGUAGUAGGCAGGCUUCGGUCAACUACACUCCAUCUAUAGCUGGGCAGCUGCUGAUAUCCUUGUAUCAAUGUUGAAGUUCCGCACAGAGAGCAUUAUACUUACUGACUGACUUCUUACAGCGUAUAGGAACGAAUAACAAGCAAAAUGAACUAACUUAUCAUUUUUGGAGAAUUUUUCAAUACCAUGUUUUCUUAGAGUUUUAGAAAUUCUGCGUCCUAUGUAGUUGAUCUGUUGUUACCACCAAUCCGAGGAAGGGAUUUUCGAUC